AUGUGCAGUCACCGAGCUCGAGGCGUGAUGGAGGUACGACGGUAUGCCAGCAGUCUACGCAGUCCGGAGAUUGGAAAGCGUGCUCAACUCUGGAGAUUAUGGAAGUUCGACGGUGCUGUGUGCAUUGUUCACUGCGGCCCGAAAUGGUCUCGCUCGCUGAGUCUGGUUCUUCGCAGGACUACCUUGCGUCCCCACGGAUGGCUCGCAUAUCGCGACCUCGAUUAUGCUGUUGACUCCGACUUCACGGGGAUUCGACCGCAUCGGACUGGUACACGCUGCUCGUCGCGUGCUCCAGGCCGCAUGCUGACGACUGAUUCUCUCGUGGGGUUUGUCGCCGAGGAAAUUCCUCCGUCCGGUCAUCCGGGACUGGAGAAUGUCCCUGCUCUCGGAGCAGGCUCCACGGAUGAGGAGGUUUUGCACAGGAUCAGACUCACUGGCGUCGAGCACCAUCACUCGGGCGGAACUGCGGCUAUGGGAGAGGUGGUGGAUACGGAAGGGAGAAGUUUCGGUGUGGAGGGGUUGAGAGUUGUGGAUGCUAGUGUGUUGCCGGGUCCGGUUGCGGGUCGUCCUCAGACUACGCCUUAUGCUGUUGCGGAACAGUUGGCUGCUGCUAUUCUUGCCGGGCUGAGGGUGGUGACCUCGCGCGCAUCUGAUACAUUCGGUUCUUGGACGGCUCGACGAAUGUAUCUGGACAUAUGCGUGCAUUUAUACACAUCGAACAAGGACGCCGGAUAUACGAUCUGCGAUCAGGAUCAGCCGGGGGCAUCAUGCAUGCGACAUGGAGGACGACUACAGCAGCACCACAUCUGCGACCUCACACAAGAACGUAUCGAGACGUGCACGACAUUCUGGCUCGGACACUCGACUGCUCCGUGGAACUUCACUUGGAGAGUCUUGCUCGCAGACUAUUCGUCUUUGCACGCGCUCGCCGGUAGGAAAACCUCUUUGUGA